CCUCAGAGGAAGACGAUUAGCUUAACCACUCUAUCUGUUGUUUUGUAGUGAUGCUGGCUUAAUACAAACGGUUAGAAAUGUUAUUUCUGUAAAUAGAAAAAUACCGUUUUUGGAUCAGGUGAGUAAAUACCUGUAACAUUCUCAUCCAAACAGUCGUGACUAAGUUUUGAAGCAGGAAUAUCUGGAGGAGUAUCAGCUGAACUGAGAUCUGCUGUGAAGAUGGUGUUUGUUAAAGAGGAGAGAGAGGAGGAGAUGAGUGAACCAGAACCCUGGGGAAUAAAACAGGAGGAACCAGAACCCUGUAGAAUAAAACACGAAGAACCAGAACCCUGGAUAAUAAAACAGGAGGAACCAGAACCCUGUAGAAUAAAACACGAGGAACCAGAACCCUGGAUAAUAAAACAGGAGGAACCAGAACCCUGGAUAAUAAAACACGAGGGACACGGAGGCCUGAAGAAAGCAAAAGAAGAAAGACAAGACCUGAAUGAGGUGGAGGAGAAACAUCAGGAUCAGAAAGAUCAUGAUGUCAGUGGAGAAAAAUCAGUGAGUUGCAGCAUUCAAAUAACAGACGUCAAAAGGCCUUUCAGCUGCUCUCAGUGUGGAAACACUUUCAAACAUAAAGGAAGCCUUAUGAAUCAUAUGAGAAUUCACAGUGAGGAAAAGCCUUUUACCUGCCCUCAGUGUGGAAAGAGUUUUACACUGAAAGGACAUCUUAAGGAUCAUUUGGUUAGCCAUACUUCAAAAAAGCCUUUCAGCUGCUCUCAGUGUGGAAACACUUUCAAACAGAAAGGACAUCUUAAGAAACACAUGAGAAUUCAUAGUGGGGAAAAGCCUUUCAGCUGCUCUCAAUGCGGAAACACUUUCACGUGUAAUGAAAACCUUAAGAAUCACAUGUUAAAUCAUGCUGGAAUAAAGCCUUUUAUCUGCUCUGAGUGUGGAAAGAGUUUUACAAAGAAAAGGCAACUUCAGGAUCAUUUGUUAACUCACACUUCAGAAAAGCCUUUUACCUGCUCUCAGUGUGGAAACACUUUCACACGUAAAGCAAGCCUUAAGAAUCACAUGCUAAUUCAUACUGGGAUAAAGUCUUACAGCUGCUCUCAGUGUGGAAAUAGUUUUAUGCAGAAAGGAGAGCUUAUGGAUCAUAUGGUAACUCACUCUUCAGAAAAGCCUUUCAGCUGCUCUCAGUGUGGAAAGUCUUUCACACGUAAAGGAUAUCUUAAGACUCACAUGUUAAUUCAUGGUGGAAUAAAGCCUUUCACCUGCGCUCAGUGUGGGAAGAGUUUCAUAUGUAAAGGAAUCCUGAGGAAUCACAUGUUAAUUCAUACUGGGAAAAAGCCUUUCAGCUGCUCUGAGUGUGGAAAGACUUUUACACAUAAAGGAAGCCUUAAGAAUCAUUUGCUAACUCACACUUCAGAAAAGCCUUUCAGUUGCUCUCAGUGUGGAAAGAGUUUUACACAGAAAGGACACCUUAAUGAUCAUUUAGUAACUCACUCUUCAGAAAAGCCUUUCAGCUGCUCUCAGUGUGGAAUCACUUUCACACGUAAAACAAACCUUAAGAAUCACAUGUUAAUUCAUACUGGAAAAAAGCCUUUCAUCUGCUCUCAGUGUGGAAAGUCUUUCACACGUAAAACAAACCUUAAGAAUCACAUGUUAAUUCAUACUGGGUAAAAGCCUUUCAGCUGCUCCCAAUAUGGAUAUGUAAAUGAGGAUUUAAUCAUCACAUGAGAAUUUACACUAAAGCCAACCCACACCAAGCCGACGCCGACGAAAGCAGACUGCGGGGUCGGCUCACGUCGGCAGGAUGAUUAGAUGGCCCGACUGACUGAUGAGCUCCGACGGCGAUUCAAUAUGUAGAAUUGGCCAAAAAAAAGCAGACGAGGACCAACUAUAGCCGACAGCGUGGAACACACUGAAAAAACUUAGUCGGCCGACGAACAAAAACUGCCCGACCGCCGACUGUCGGCUUGGUGUGUACCGGGUUUAAAAGAGAUGCCUUACCAGACAAUUCAUACAAAUUAAAGUGUCAUGAAACCCCCGUUUCAGCACUGGUCUUUAACACCUUAGAUCUGAAAAAGACUCCAGAAAUGGGCGUUUAAAACUGUGGAAAGUGGGAGUGAACAGGGUGGGAAGAGGGGAGAAAACAACCAAUAAAACACAGACCAGCAACACACUCAUUACGCAGACAAAUGAAUAUUAAAAUCUGUUUAAAACAGAAACAAUAAAGACAUAGUUACUUUUUGUUUACUCUUCUUUCAAUUUUCGGUCUAUAUCAUUGUUUGGUGUGUAUCACAAUAAUCUGUCGUGUCAUCGCAUUUAUGAUCAGAUGUACCACUGUAUCAGCACCCUUAUUUGCGCAUCGUUCAUUGAAAGAAGACAUGAUAUGCACGGGAACAUGGUGCUGGUUCAUGUUUGGAGUAGCACGAGGGAAUAUGAAAUAUACUCAUAAAAACUUGAAACAGGCUUGCUCCAGUCUGGAUAUGAACUAUGAUCUGCGCAACGAAUGCAGUUAAACUCAUCGCGGCGUUCCACGCAGAAACCCUUCUCUCAUGAGCGCUCCACGUGUUGUCAUUAAAUAUUGUUACGGUCAUGUUUACAGAGGUGAACUGACGGCAGCCAAUCACCACUGGAAAUUUAACGUGUAUACGUCACUUUUCGUGACGUCGGUUCAACUUUUCUUUUUGAACCGGAAGAACGAAAUUGUUCCAAAAAAUAAAAUAAAAAACACCUUUCCCUUAAUAAUAGACAUAAUGAGUCCUAUUGUUGUUUUCACUUAUGUGCAACCUGUUCAUAUAUGUUAACAUCUAAAAAAAAAAUGUGUUUUAGGGUUUCAUGACACUUUAAAAGCCUCACGUCUGUCCUGUUUGUGGCAGGCAGGGGUGGAUUGGCCAUCUGGCAAUUCUGGCAAAUGCCAGAGGGGCUGGACAGAUUUUUUUUUUUUUUUUUUUGACAGUAUAGCCUACAUUUGUAUUAAACAGUUGUAUAUUUUAAAAUGUUAUUGCUUCGUGAUAAUUGGUUACAAGUGUUAACGAGCCUGUUACUGAAUUGCAUGACUGAAAUAAGCGGAUAAGGUGGGAUUUAGGGUAAACACUGAUGUAGGCUACUUGCAAUAUAGUCUAACACAUCAAAACACUAUAGCAAUAGCCAUAGUACGAUAGACAUUUGUAGUGAACUUUACUUUGAAUAUGUAGAUAGCCAUAUAUUAAAAUAAAACAUUGAAUACAUGCAUACAGUACAUAAGUUUACAGUAUGCAAUUGAUCCAUAGGGUGGAACAUAGGCUUCUAUUACUGGCACUCAUAUGCAAUAGUUAGAUGAGGGAUUAUAAGCCAUUGGCUUACUUAAUGUUCUUCCUUGUCUGAAUUGUGUGUUCAUCUAUUCAAAACUAGAAUGUUGCUGGACCCAGUGCACAGCUCAGCUACUGCAGCAGAGUCAAGGGUCAUGGAGGUAGGAAGACACGAUGAGAGAGACACACCCUGGCUCCGUUUACACUGUCAGUUAAAUGUGACUCAAUUCAGAUUUUUUGCUCAUAUGUGACACAGAUCGGAUCUGUUCUAUGACAGUGUAUACAUGAAAAAAACGCAUGCAUUCGGAUAUUUCGAGAUCAGUUUCAGGCUUCAUUCAUAUGUGGAAAUAAAUCAGAUAUGUGCCAAUGUGGCUGUCAUGUAAACAGGCGGAUCGAAUUUUCUGAGGCAUUGCGUUCUGUACGUCAUUAAAACUGCGACAAUUUGGUACUUCUCUGCGGUUUAAUGACGUCAUAUGUUACCCGUGCUGGCCAAAUGAGUGUAAAUACGCACAUAGCAAAGAUAAAAUAAAAAUAGCUCUAUUGUGAUUAUUAAUAAGAAAAGAAUUGGAGGAAAACUUUAAUCUUUCUCAUAAUUAACUUUGCUGACUCAAUCGACUUCAAACGGGUGUAGCGCAGUCAUUUUUUACAUCAUUUUGGAGGUUUUUUAAUGGAGAAUGGAAAAUAAAAAUAACUCCUUUUUAAAAUUUGACUCGUUUGGUCAGCACAGUUAACAUUAUUCUCAGGAGGAAGCACAUGUGGAGGCGGUAAACGACAACAACGCAUGUGCGAUGUUUCAGAUGGUAUGGCAAGUGUAAACUCAUGAAUCGGAUAUGGGUCACAAUUAAAAGAAUGUGUAAACGGACAGCCCAAAAAAUCAGAUAUAGGCAACUAAUCAGAAUUGGGCAUCAAGGCCUGCAGUGUAAAUGAGGCCCCUGACACAGAUGCUGCCAGUUUCUUAAUAAUGUGGCUCUAAUUAACUAUUAAUUGACUCUUAGGAUAGGAGGAACCUGUGCAUGUAUGUCUCACAGACAUGUGCACAUGCAGCACAUACUAGCAACACUUCAGCAUACUUUAAUUCAAUAAUUGUAUAUCAAAAAGGAUUUACUGCUGCUACUAUUUAUAUUAUUUAUUUAUAAUUAUAGGUUUUGCUAUGUAUUCUAUUCUCUUUUGUGCUAUUAUUACUUGUUUGUAUUCAUGUGUAUUACAAUGUUGAGAGCAGUCAGUGAGAAAAUAUUUUGCUGUAAUGUUUACAUCAUAUACUGUGUUCAUUAACUAGGAUGUUGCUGGAAUCAGUGCAGCCAGAGACUCCUGGUCUGCCAAUACCAGUGCUGUGAGGAAGGAUGCUACGGUAGGCCUAGCAGAGACAGGGAGGAGUGUGGUAGAGGUAGGAAAAACCCAACAGACAGACAGUAACAACAAAGAACAACAUACUGUAGAGAAUGACAGUAACAGCAGACAAAUGGCAUAAACAGACAACACACAGUCUCUUUACUCUGUGUAAAUUUGUUAUAAACUCAUGCUCUUUAAAAAGUAGUAAGCAUUGUUUGCCAGACACAUACAAUAAAUGUUUCAAUAUCUGUUACUUAUACAGUACUGCUUAUAUUUCACCAUCUGUACACAAAUGUAAGAAGUGAAUGUGCGUGUCCGUGGGUGGGGUUGUGUGGGUGUGGUAAUGUGGGCCGGUGUGGCUACAGUGGCUGAAUUUUUGUCCCAGUCUGCCCCUGGUGGCAGGAUAUUUAUACGGGUUUUAAAAGUGUGAAAAACUUGUGUGCUGUGUAGGGAUGGAUAUCGUUAAGGUUUUAAAGGUAUUACUGCUCUUACUGAUACUGCUGAUCCAUCUGGUAUUUUUAUCGGUUCUUUUUGUUAUUUAAAAUCUAAAACUCUCAGUCCCUUUGGCUCAAUUCUCAUAACUUUUUUUUUCUCUCAAAACUAUAAAACUAUGAAAUAUGUUCAAGCUCUCUGAACAAUUAGUUUAUUGUUCUGUUUACAUGUAACACACUGCUACACAAAUAAAUGUACUGUAUAAAUUCUAAUGUGCAUAUUCUUUUUCUGUGUACAAUAAUGUACUUUUACCUACCAUUGAAAUCAACUGGUGCACACAUCCAUGUGGGGCCCAAAUUGCUUGCACCUAGGGCCAAGUAAAUUUUGUCCCAUAAAAGAUCAUUUUUUAUUUGCUGGCGAUUUUAAUUCUAUUUAAUUGUGGAAAAAACAUGCUGAAAAAUGAAUCAAACACAGCAAAGUUAUAGCAAGGUAGUAGUAGCAAGGUAACGCUCAUUCACACUGCAAGCGACACACAGCAACAAAGCGACACGAUCCCAUUUAUUUCAGAGCUAGACAUGAGUGACAGUGACCAGGAUGGCGACAGGAUGUAGGCAUGCCCAGUGCCUACAAUAGAGGUAAUGUUAGUAGAGCUAUGGCAACAAUACUCCUGCAUUUAUGUUUCCCUGAGGGACUACUGCAACAGAGUGAAUAAAGGUAAAAUAAAAACAAUAUUUUUAGAAGAUUGACAGUCCAUACUGUUCUCUUCAUGCAAUACAGUGGUGUGAAAAAGUUUUUGCCCCUUCCUUUUUAUUUUAUUUUUUUUGCAUAUUUGUCACACUUUAAUGAUUCAGAUCAUCAAACUGAUUUUAAUAUUAUAUAAAGAUAACCCACAAAAUGCAGUUUUGAAAUAAUGAUUUCAUUUAUUAAAGGGAAAAAAGCUGUCCAAACCUGCCUGGCCCUACGUGAAAAAUAAUUGCCCCCUAAAUCUAAUAACUGGUUGUGCCACCCUUUGCAGCAACAACUGCAAUCAAGCGUUUGCGAUAACUGGCAAUGAAUCUUUCACAUCGCUGUAGAGGAAUUUUGGCCCACUCUUCUUUGCAGAAUUGUUUUAAUUCAGCCACAUUGGAGGGUUUUCGAGCAUGAACGGACCUUUUAAGGUCAUGCCACAGCAUCUCAAUCGGAUUUAAGUCCGGACUUUGACUUGGCCACUCCAAAACCUUGAUUUUGUUUUUAGCCAUUCAGAGGUGGACUUGCUGGUGUGUUUGGGAUCACUAGCUGCGUUUACAUGGACCCUAAUAAUCCGAUCAUAAUAGGACUAGAAGCACAAUCGGAAUAAAAAAGUCACAUGUAAACAUGCCAAUCGGAUUGAAUUGGCCAGAUCUGAUUAAAAUUUUGAUCGGAUUGUAAGGGGUGGUUUACUCCUUUUGUAAUCCGAACGAGAGGACAUAUAAACACUUGAUCAGAUUGAAAACCGAAACUGGAAAGUACUGCGCAUGUGCAGUGACGUAAAAAUAGCGUAAUGACGUAUGACGUGCAGAACGAGCUGUUCUUCCUGGUGAAUAAAAGUGUCAUAUUCUAAAACGCUGCUUUUACUCAGCAUAUGUGAAGUGGAGCAGGACAACGUCCCACCAGUCCUUGUUUAAGACUCUCAUCCACAGAAGACUGGUUUUGGGCAUGGGAAGAGGCACUUUUACUGCUUUCUAAAGUAAGCAGCACUGCACAAUAGUUAAUGUGCUGGUUGUCGGCUAAUUAGGACCUGAAGUAAAUAAAUAUCAAGUGUGCUUUUUAAAACAAUACACGACAACAGCGGGAAACUCUGAAUAUUCAUGCAGUGUGUGCAUGUCAAAAGCUUGUGACAUAUAAACGCUCACAUCAACCCGAUUACUUUAUUUAGUGUUCAUGUAAACACAACGUUCGGAUUCGUCAAUCAGAAUGAAUUCAUUCCGAUGGAUGCAAAAAGUGUCCAUGUAAACGUAGCUACUGUUCUUCUGCAUAACCUAAGUGCGCUUGAGCUUGAGGUCACAAACUGACAGGCGGACAUUCUCCUUCAGGAUUUUCUGGUAGAGUGCAGAAUUCAUGGUUCCAUCAAUUAUGGCAAGUCAUCUAGGUCCUGAAGCUGCAAAGCAGCCUCAGACCAUCACACUACCACUAUGUUUGAUUGUUGGUAUGAUGUUCUUUUUAUGAAAUGCUGGUUUUAUGUCAGAUGUAACAGGACACGCACCUUCCAAAAAGUUCAACUUUUGUUUCAUCAGUCCACAGAAUAUUUGCCUUGGGGAUAAUCAAGAUAUUUUUUGGCAAAUGUGAGACGAGCCUUUGUGUUAUUUUUCGUCAGCAGUGGCUUUUGCCUCGGAACUCUCCCAUGGAUGCCGUUUUUGCCCGGUCUCUUUCUUAUUGUUGAAUCAUGAACACUGACCUUAAUUGAGGCAAGUGAGGCCUGUAGUUCUUUAGAUGUUGUUCUGGGUUCUUUUAUGACCUCCUGGAUGAGCCGUCAUUGCACUCUUGGAGUAAUUUUGGUAGACCGUCCACUCCUGGGAAGGUUCACCACUGUUCCAAGUUUUCUCCAUUUGUGGAUAAUGGCUCUGGCCGUGGUUCGCUGGAGUCCCAAAGCCUUAGAAAUGGAUUUAUAACCCUUUCCAGACCGAUACAUGUCAACUAUUUUGUUUCUUAUCUGUUCUUGAAUUUCUUUAGAUUGCGGCAUGAUGUGUUGCUCUUUAAACAUGCUUGACUUUGUCAGACAGGUUCUAUUUAAGUGAUUUCUUGAUUCAACGGGUCUGGCAGUAUCAGGCUUCAGUUUGAAAUUUAACUCAGCUUUCUAAAAUAAUGUGGUUAAUCACAGUUCUUUCAAGAUUUAACAGGAGGGGGCAACUAAUUUUUCACGUUGGGCCAGGUAGGUUUUGACAGCUUUUUUCCCUUAAUAAAGGAAAUCAUCAUUUAAAAAUUGCAUUUUGUAUUUACUUGCAUUAUUUUGAGUAAAAAACAGGAAGGGGGCAAAAACCUUUUUACAGCACUGUAUGUGUCAGGCUUUCUUUCUUUUUUGGGCUUUUCUGACGACAAGGCAGCCAGAGCAAAACACUCCAUUAAGUAGCCAUUGUCUGGUUACACUCACGGUACCUUCUGUCAGUGGACAGUCCCGUCUUCUUGAAGACAGCAUGCACAUUGUUAAAGACGGCAAGCGAUAAAGGGUCAGCUAGCAGCGUGUAGUCUGAUAUGUUUUUGUCCACGUCACAUCAAGAUUUUAGGAGUUAAAAUCACAUAAUCUGACAUAGUGACUAUCGUAAUCAACAAAAAUAUUGUGUAGUCUGAACCCGACAUUAGAAAUGCAAUCCUGUGAAAAGAUAUACAUUAAGUCACAGUGAAACAAACAUAUGCACAUUUUUAUUAAACAUAAUCUGGUAACACUUUAUAAUAAUUGCACAAUUUGAAUUAUUAGUUAAGCAUUAUUAAAUAGUCAAUUCAUCCUUUAUAAAUCAUUAUUCCAACAUUAAUAGGCAUUAGUAAGCAGUUUAUAAAUACAGCUAUAAAUGUUUUGUUCUUGAGCAUAUCUACAAUGUUUAAUAAUUGUAUUUUUAUACUUUAUUAACGAUCAGUUUAUCACUUCUAAAUAAUUACGUUAUUUACAAACCAGUUAUUUAGGAGUUGUCAGUGGUUCAUAAGAUCAUUUAGAAAGUGUAAGUAAAUGAUUAAUAAACUAUUUAAAAGUACAUUUAUAAAUCUUAUUAUUUAGACACAUGAUAAUAAUUGCUCUGUGUGUUAAUAAAUGCUUUAUUAACACACAUUCCUGCUGUAAUUCAUGAUUAAGUCAGGUAGUUAUAAAAUAUUUAGUUGUUGCCAGCCAUCUAUUUUUGUGAGUUUAUCUGAAGU